AAACCCAACGCUCACCCGUCAUGUCUCUUUUAAACGAUACCAAGUUCUUGGUACAAAACAUCCAAGACUACGUCAAUGUCAAUGAUCAAUUGGCCUACAGCUUGGCAUGUAUAGCUUUCAACCCCAUCUUCUGGAAUAUCGUUGCCAGAUUGGAAUACAACACCCAUAUCUUAACUAAGGUAAGUGGAGGCGCCAGAAACGGAUGCUACUUGUUGGCAUUAACGAUAUUUUCGUUGGGAAUCUACAGAGAUUAUGUGUAUCAUGCUGCUUUGGAAGCCCAGCCAACUUUUGAACCUUUUGUCAAUUCCGAUAUCAUUAAGGCCUUAGCCAUUACAUCAUUUGGCUUUGGAAACGUGUUGGUAAUCACUUCCAUGUACACUUUGGGAGUCACUGGAACAUACUUGGGUGACUAUUUUGGUAUUUUGAUGGAUGAAAGAGUCACCGGAUUCCCAUUCAACGUCAAUGACAACCCUAUGUAUAACGGAUCCACGCUCUGCUUUUUGGGUACAGCCUUGUGGUAUGGUAAACCAACCGGAAUCAUUGUCAGCGGGUUGGUAUUUGUCAUGUACAAAAUCGCUUUGCUUUUCGAAGAGCCUUUCACUGCUAAGAUUUAUGCGGCCAAAAACACCCAAGAAAAGAAGACCCAAUAAACACAGUAGGUAUAUAGCUACGUAAAAAUGUACAAAGUUUCAUUACAAAAAAUUCAUAAGAACAGGAACAGUGGUUGGAGUCCCCGAUCAUUUAUAUAUGACAAGCUCAAAGAUUGGAACUUUUCAGACUUUUGAAAAUAAUAUAACCCAUUAAUAGAACCAAUAGGGAAAUUAAUUUUGUUCUUGUUGCCAAUGUUCAUUACAAUGUAAUAAAACCCUUCGAACGAAGCUCCAUUUAGUUGUUUGACACGGGCAUCUGGUAAUAAAAACUCUUCUUUCCAUCUCAUAUACACAAGCCCCUGGUCUUUCUCGUUGUCAUUGAUUAAAAAAAAGCUUUUUAGAAAACUCAUCGUCUGUGAGAUUGUAGUAGUUGGAGAGUCGCUUCCAGUGAUCCAAGUCAUUAGUGAAGGAGGAUCCCCACUGACUGUUUUCGGUGAGGAAUGAAUAAUUCUUUGCCAACAGUUUGUCAUACCGGGUUUUCAACGGGUUAUUGAUGAUUUCUCCUUUGAAACAAGUGGUUAUCUCAGGGUGCUCGUCGCUUAAUCCUUGGAUUUUGAGAAACCCGACCACCAAUGAGUUCGUCAAGUCCACAUGCUUGAACUCCACUUCAAUUUUGUGCUUGUUCUUUGAACUUUGUUGCAUCCCUGAGAACUUACUGUUGGGACUCAAGUAGUCGUUGAAGAACCGGGGGGUUUCGUACCUGCUAUUGUUGAAGCUUAAAAUGUCAAAACUUCUUAAGGGAGUUGGAACUGAGGAGUCUGAGUUGAUGAUGGAUUUAAGUGGCUUGAGCUCAUCCAUCUCAGGAGUGUCCGUGCUGAUGAUACUACUUUCAUCAGUGGUGUCGUCUGAUGGUUGUUUGUCAAAUGGGUCGCAGGCACCUUUCUUCCCCUUAGCACCUAGUGAUCCACUUAAGGACUUGAUCACUAGUGCUUCAGCUGGACCGAAAUUGACCUUGAGGUCGGAUGUUUUCGGUCUUUCGGUUACAGGCAUUC